AUGGAUUUUGUUGCAAAUAGCUUAGGGUGCAAUCCCAAAGCCCCGUUAAUAUCUCCAGACUCAAAUGCUAUUUCGCCAUGCUUUAUCGCUCUGUUGUUUGCCCUACUGGCCGGUGUAACUGGUAUUACAGGCUCUUACCAGCUUGUGAAGUACACAAAAUUCACGCCGACUUUUGGUACCCUAAUUUCGGAAACGUCACAUCAAGCAUUGAAGUUUUUUUUGAUCUUACUACAAGCGGUUACUAUCGGAAUCCUCUUCAUCGGAGAAGCUAUCAAUUCUGGAAUCUCCUUUCAGCUCUACGCCUAUAGCUUUGCUGUUUUGGAAUUAUUAUUUGUGAUAUUUCCUCUCCACUUGAUUGAGACCUCCAAAUCCAAUAUUCCAACCGCUACCGUCUUGUUUUAUUGGCCGUUACAAUUUUGUUUGCUUCUGGCAGUCUAUGUUCAACAACUCUUCGCUUCAGAUGAAAAGAAAAUAUUUCCUAACGGCUCAGAGUUGGAGCCGUUUUUACUAUUUUUCUCGUUAUUGAUGAACUCCAUUGUAUUUAUUAUGGAAUACUGUUAUUACAGGCCCAACCGAGAAUUGUCUGAGCAUUACAAAGAUAAAAGAUCAGUUUUGUCAGAACCAGACGUGUUUUCUAAACUCACCUUUUCUUGGAUGAACAGAUUAUUACAAUUGGCGAGCGAUAAUGGCGGAUUAGAAGAAAAUGACCUACCCCCACCUCCUGAGAUCGUCUCAACGUUCUAUUCUGCCCCAAGAUUGGAGAAAAAUUGGACUUUUGAGUUGAACAAUGCCAGUAAAAGCCAAAAACCCUCUCUCAUUGUGGCACUAAUAAAAACUUUUGGGAUGGGUGUUCUCGGAUCAUUAGUGUUUGACAUGGCUGAGUCUUUUGUUUCAUUCAUCGAGCCUCAGCUUUUGCGGAAACUUAUUCAGUUUUUCAAUGUUAAGGAUUCAAAUCCUUUACUGAUCAAAGGUUUAACGAUAGCAAUUCUUAUGUUUCUAACAAACCUUCUCAGUACUGCAUUUUACAACCAAUACAUGAUUAUUACUGUUGAAGUUUCUCAAGGUGUUAAAUCGGCAUUAAUGUACCUAGUAUACAACAAAGCCAUGAAACUAUCUCCAACAGAGAGAAACAAUAGAUCCACCGGUGACAUCAUUAAUCACAUGUCUGUUGAUAUUACCCGCAUUGAAUCAUUGGCAUCCUAUGUUCAGACUAUGGUGAGUGCUCCUACAAGGUUGGUCUUAUGUUUAUGGUCUUUAUAUUGGCUACUUGGGAAAUCUACUUUUGUGGGAAUCAUAACCAUGGCUAUCAUGAUUCCAUUAAACACUAUUCUAGUCAAGUCCUUGAGAAAGUUUCACAAGCAACAAAUGGAAUUGAAAGAUAAAAGAACAAGUUUUGUGAGUGAAUUGUUACAAAAUAUCAAAAGUAUUAAGCUUUAUGCAUGGGAAGGUCCAAUGCUAUCUAAGUUAAGAUAUUUGAGAGAUGAAAAAGAAUUGAAGAACUUGAACAAGAUUGGAAUUUUGUCAGCCGGGAUCAACUUUGCCUGGACAUGUGUCCCAUUUUUUGUUUCUUGCUCCACAUUUGCUGUAUUUGCAAUUGUAUCCGACAUUCCUUUAUCUCCAGAGAUAGUUUUCCCUGCAUUAUCAUUAUUUGAUUUACUUUCAGAUCCAAUAUUUGCGAUCCCAGCACUAAUAACCGCUCUUAUUGAAUGCCAUGUCUCUCUUACAAGAAUAGUGUCUUUUCUAACUGCGGAUGAAAUUGACCUAGAUAUAGUGAAAAGAUUACCGGCUGUUAAAAAGUUAGGAAAGAAGGCAGUGGAAGUCUCCAAUGCCACAUUUAUAUGGAAUAAACAGAUUGAUAAUUCGGUUGAAACUGGAAAUCAUGAUAUAGAAGCUGAAAUUACCGGUACAAAAGCACCAGCUUUAAAAGAUAUUAAUUUCAGUGCUUCUAAGGGAUCUCUUACAUGUAUUUUGGGUAAGGUUGGAUCGGGUAAGUCCACUUUAUUGAAAUGCUUGUUGGGUGAGCUCCCAGUAGUUUCAGCUAAUUCUGCCGAUCCCUACAACCUUUCUAUAAGUGGUUCGGUUGCUUAUUGCGCACAAGUCCCUUGGAUCAUAAAUGCUACAUUCAAACAGAACAUUUUAUUUGGCCAUAAAUUUGAUGAGACUUUUUAUAAUAAAACCAUAGAAGCAUGCCAGUUAUUAACGGAUUUGGAAAUUUUACCAGAUGGUCAUGAAACUUUAGUUGGCGAGAAAGGAAUCAGUUUAUCAGGGGGUCAAAAAGCGAGACUUUCCUUAGCUAGAGCAGUGUAUGCAAGAGCAGAUGUAUACUUCUUGGAUGACAUUUUGAGUGCAGUUGAUGCUCAUGUUGGUCAAAAAAUUAUUGAUAACGUUUUGGGAAAAAAUGGUGUCCUGAAGUCUAAAACAAAAAUCUUGAGCACCAACUCUAUAAAGGUUUUAAGCGAGGCAUCAACAGUGUAUUUAUUGGAAAAUAAUACCAUUUCCGAAACUGGCACGAUGAAAGAGAUCAUGACUAACAAGUCGAGUGAACUUUAUCGACUAAUCAAGGAAUAUGGGUCAAAAAAUAGCAAUUAUGAAUCAUAUCUCGACAAGCCACUAAAUGAGCCAAAAUCUAAUUUUAGUUCUUCCAUGUCAGCUUCUUCAUCUUCUAUCGAUACCAAGCUCUUAGUUGAAGGUGAGCUGGAAGGCGUUGAACCACUAGGAAUCAAUGUAGACGAAAACACAGGUGAAGAAUUGUCUCGGUUUGACAGGAAACUAUUGAACAUGAAUUCAAGCUCGACUCUCAAGGCUGCCAGUAUAGCUUCAUUUAAACAACUUACCUCCUUCGAUGACGUUGAUAGGAGGAUGACCCAAACUGAAGAAAAAAAAGAAAAAGGUAAGGUGAAGUGGUCAACUUUCUCGAGAUAUGCAAAAGCGUGCUCUUACUCGGGUAUUUUUAUCACACUUUCCCUAGUUAUUGUUACCGUUGGGAUGUCAAUUGGAAGUAACUACUGGUUAAUGUAUUGGUCAGAGAGCAACAUCAAAAAAGGUUCUAACAAAGACAUCUUUUUUUAUGUUGGAAUAUAUGCUUUACUUGGAAUUGGGUCAGGUUUUUUCACCCUAAUCAGAGCCAUGUGCAUGUGGACGUUAUGUUCUAUACGUGCAUCUAAGAAGCUACAUUCGGAUAUGGCAUAUGCCGUUUUGAAUUCUCCUCUACAGUUUUUUGAAACUACGCCGUUGGGGCGUAUCAUCAAUAGAUUCAGUCAAGACAUGAGUAAAGUUGAUAGUGCCUUACCAAGAGUCUUCUCAUCAUUGUUCAGUUCGAUCGUGAAAACUUUAUUGACCAUGAUUAUUAUUGGAUAUAAUAUGCCUUUUUUCAUUCUUGUUAUUUUGGGACUUUCAUUUGUUUACAACUAUUACCAAAAUUUUUAUGUUAUCACCAUUAGGGACUUGAAAAGAAUUGUCAGCAUUACCAAAAGUCCUAUUUUUGCUCUCAUCCAAGAAUCGUUGAAUGGCUGUGAAACCAUCAGAGCAUAUGGACAGCGUAAGCGGUUUUCUUUUUUGAACUCAAAAAAUAUUGAUAACAACCAAGUUUCUUCCUAUUGUAUGAAAUCGACAAACAGAUGGUUAUCAACCAGACUCCAAUUUAUUGGAUCGAUAAUCACGUUAUCUACGUCCCUUAUGGCUCUAGGAUCUCUAUACUCGAAACACAGAAUGAGUGCGGGGUUGAUUGGUUUAAUCAUGAGUUACGCCAUGAGAGUGACUUCAAGUUUAAGUUUCAUUGUCAGGAGAUCUGUUGAGAUCGAAUCAGAUGUCAUAUGUUGUGAGCGUAUUUUUGAGUAUUGCAAACUGGCACCCGAAAAGGACGAAGAGGCAAUAAAAGACCAGCUGGUGACUCCUCCGAAGGACUGGCCGUCGGAAGGUGAAAUCGAGUUUGAUCAUUAUUCGGCUAAAUACAGAGAAAACCUUGAUCCAGUUUUGAAGGACAUUUCUUUCUCGAUUCAAUCGAAGGAGAAGAUUGGUGUUGUGGGCAGAACCGGCGCUGGAAAGUCGUCUCUCGUUCUCUCCAUCUUCAGAUUGAUCGAAGCUACCAGUGGCCACGUUGAGAUCGACGGCAUCAACACGAGUGAUUUGCGUUUGUUUGACCUCCGGAAGAACUUAUCGAUCAUUCCUCAGGAUGCACAGUGUAUCGAGGGCAGUGUCAGGUACAACCUGGAUCCGUUGGACCAGUAUGAUGACGAACAUAUCUGGGACGCGUUAACGAUGUCGAGGUUGGACAACCAUGUAAGAAGCAUGGCUGUCGAGCAGGACAUGCCCGACCGGCCCUUGGAGUGCCAGAUCAGCGAGAGCGGCGGGAACCUCUCUGUGGGCCAACGGCAACUUCUGUGCCUCGCCAGAGUGCUUUUGAAGACUGGGAAAGCCGAGAACGGCACCUCUGAGCCCUCCAAGAUCCUGAUUCUCGACGAGGCCACAUCAAGCAUCGACACUGAAACAGACAACGUCAUCCAGCAGACGAUUCGCACGCGGUGCAACCACCUUACAAUUCUCACCAUUGCCCACCGGUUGAACACGAUAAUGGAUAGCGACCGAAUCCUUGUUCUCGAUAAGGGUCGCAUUGCCGAGUUUGACACCCCGGAAAGGCUCUUGCAGUCCACAGACUCGUUGUUCUACAAGCUCUGCGUCAACGGCGGUUACAUCCCCAAGCCGGAUGAUUGGGCGGAGUCCGAAGACAACAGUGCUAGCACGUAG